AUGGCGGACGACGGGCAGGAGUCCGAAGUGUUCGAGAUCACCGAUUUCACGACUGCUUCUGACUGGGAAAGAUUCAUUGCCAGAUUAGAGGAAGUCAUGCACGACUGGAAAUUACCGACAUUAAAGAGAAACCCACCCGUGAAAAAAGGAGAAUAUACAAUAGGUUCUUGGAAGGAGAAAAGUGCAAAUGUUCGCUAUGCCAAUUUUACAUUUACUAUCACUGAGUAUAAACUUAAACAAGAGUACAAUGAGAAGGAUCUGACGUUGGACGAUGAAGAGUCUGAAGAUAUUCUUCCAGAAGCUGUUGAAGAUUUGAUGAUGAUGGAAAAUGACUUCCCACCAAGAGCACAUUGUCUGUGUAGAUGGUUUGGACUUCGUCAUUUUCUUGUUCUUUCACCUGCUGCUCAUAGUGAUGCUGUCAUCAGUGAGAGUAGAAUACGAAUAUUACAGAGUUCGGUUUCCAUAGCGAUAAGCAACACAUCCUGUCAGAUACCAGUGUUUGUUCAAGUACAGCAAAAAUGGAGACGCAUGUACGUUGGUCAAUGUGAGGGACCCGGAAUGAGGACAAGCUUUGAUAUGGUGCAUCUCAAGAAAAUACCCCACCAGUUUAAUCACCUAGCAGGAUUAUUAGGUGUUUUCAAAUCAAAAAUAUCAACUCCAGUGUCUUCACCACCUCCAGUGAGUGUAGCUGUGCGAUUCACAUACAUACUACAAGAUUGGACAAAUUACUCAUGGCCUCAACUGCCUCCAGAUUUUGAUGCUCCUUCGGGGAGUGAAGUUGGUAAUUCUGGUUUUGGUAAAUUGCCAUUCGGUGCUGUGGAAGAUCCUGUCAGUGAGCUUCAUUUAGCGACAACAUGGCCAUCUUUGUCUGAAGAUAUGAUUGUUGAUAAUGACGUGUACUCAGAUCUGGAUCCAAUCCAAGCUCCCCAGUGGUCUGUAAGAAUAAGAAUGAUGGAAAAACCACAAUGUUUAUUAGGUGAAUAUUUAGGUGACUUUGGUAAACUAUGCAAACGAUCUGAAUCUGUUGAACAGUUACUUGGAAGAAGUUUUUAUCAAGAUGAUUCAGAUACUGCGGAUAUUAGCCAAGCCUUGCAGAGACUAACAGAGCCUGUGCCUAUGCAUAUACCAACACUGUCAUCAGUCGUGACGAGAGCUAGAACCAGAAUGCAUCACAAGAAACAAAUGGAAGAGGAACCCAUACCUGGAGACAUACUCAAUGAGAUAUUACAGUUUCUUUUUCCUGAUAGUGGUGCACCAUGCCUAGGAUCUUGUCUAUUACAUCAAAAACUACAGAUGCUCAACUGUUGUAUUGCAAGGAAGAUCGCAAGAGAAAAUACUAGUAUGUCCCAGUCUUCCAGUGCUGUGUCUUUAGGUACAAACAUUCAGCCUAGUCUAUCUUCUAAUUCAUUCCUCCCUGCCAGUUUGUCGCAAGCCAGCUUUGGAGGAAGCGAUCGUGGAUCUUUGGCCAGCUCACCUAGCAACAAAGAUGAGGACGAGGAUGAUGAUGAGUUCUUUGAAUGCGAUGAGGAUCCAGAGGAAGGAGAAAAUGAGAAAGUUGGAGAGGAGGAACUUGCAGCUGCCGGGAACUCGCAGGAUGUGGAGAUGGAGGAUGUAGAGGAAAAAGAUAAAAUUGAGAGGACAGAAAAAGAGGAGAAAGAGAAGCCUGAAAAGACAUCUGAUGACUCAUCACCGGAUGAAAUUGCUUUCAGAGAUACUGUAGUAUAUCAGCCAGAAGGACGGCUAAGACAAUGUGGUGACUUGACUCUAAUUUGUAAUGAUGAUGAACUACUGUAUAUUCCUAUAACACAGGAUCCAGCUCCAAUGACAGAGGACCAGUUAGAGGAACAUGCCACAGUGUUAGCAGAGCUAGGCACCUCAGAAGAAGGGGCUGAACUCAGAGCUAGAAUGCAAAGUGCAUGUCUGCUAUCAGAUAUGGAAGCAUUCAAGGCUGCCAAUCCUGGGUGCAUGCUGGAAGACUUUGUACGGUGGUACUCACCACGUGAUUACAUAGAAGACGAUGACAGCUGUAACACACCACAUCCUGAUAUGAAUGAAGAAGACAGAGACAGGAUGAAGAAAGGAAAGCUCAGCUCUAGAAUGAUGAUUCCUGGUAACAUGUGGCAAGAGGUGUGGAGCCAGGCUAAACCUGUUCCUGCACGAAGACAGAAAAGACUAUUUGACGACACCAAAGAAGCUGAGAAAGUACUACACUACUUGGCGUCACUCAAACCAGCAGAGGUCGCCUUACAUUUGAUGCCGAUGUUGAUUCAUGCAGCGAUAAUUAGAAUACAGCAUAUAGAAAUAGAAGGGUUGCCUUCACUGACAUCACUGAUGACACAGAUUACACAGAGAGCAUCUAAACUAACAAGAAUGGGUUCUACAGAUAUCAAGAAAUAUGAGGAAGUCAUCAAGCAGAUUGAAUUGGCUGAAGUUGUUAUUGCCAGAGCCCAAUCGCUGCGAGCUAAAUUCAGUCAGCAGGUGUUGGAGGAUGAUGAUAAGCAAACAGAAUUAGAGAAAUUUGUAUCUAGUUUAUUAGAACAGCCUGAAGUUAGUGUACUUGGCGCUGGUAGAGGUCCAGCUGGCACUAUUUUACAUCGGUUGUUUGCAGCUGCACAGAGGUCAGCUAAUAUGCUUCCAAGUGAAGAAGAACUUCUUGCUGAUGAUGACGUUGUUGAUCACGCAUCCCAGUCAUCAUCAGUCAGUGUGAAAGACUUCCCUAGACCAGCUGGUAAAGAGUUCAUUCUGAGAACACGGGUACAACGACCAACAUCGUAUUCCAGGGCUCUACCGCAGAGACUGUUUUGUGUUCUCAUGAACAAUGACUUUAGACUCGCUGGUGCUUUCUCUGAAGAUACAACUUUCUUUUAA